AUGAAUUUCCCUGUAGCCAUCGUAUGCUUCGCGGCGCUUAUUGGUGCGGUCGUCGGGGGCCCCAUAUCGAUGAGCAACAACAACAUUGGGGACAUUGUGAAGGUAAACGUUGAUGCCGACGUGGACAUCAAGAGCGAGAUCAACGUAGACCUGGUGAAUGUGAUUGCGGAGCUGCUGCUCGAGCUGAGGGACGUUAACGUGAACACUUGUUCGCGAUCCUCCGAGGAAACCAGCGAGGAGACCAGCGAAGAAACCAGUGAGGAGACCAGUGAGGAGACCAGCGAAGAGACCAGCGAAGAAACCAGCGAGGAAACCAGCGAAGAAACCAGUGAAGAAACCAGCGAGGAGACCAGCGAAGAGACCAGCGAGGAGACCAGCGAGGAGACUAGUGAAGAAACCAGUGAAGAGACCAGUGAGGAAACCACCAGCGAGGAAAAUCUGCCCGGACCGAUGCCCUACCAAAAGCUCAUGCAUUCACUUGUACAAUCGAAACCCGAUGGCUAUGAUGCACCGGGUAUUACCAAAGAGCAAAAGGAGCAGAUCUGGCGUCAACACGUGGAGCAGCUUGUCCAAAAACAUGUGAAAGAUCUUCAGUGA